ACACAUUUGGUCACACAUCUGCAGCAAGUGGACAGUCCCGCGACGGCGAAGAAGAAGCAGGAGCCUGCGAAAAAGUUUAAAAAUAAACUAAUUCCGUUUAAAAUCAAACUGAUAUUCAAUUUUCCGGCGCGCAAUCAUCGCAAGCAGCCGUUCACCGCCCAGUCAACACGUAGCUGCCACACGAUCGCACACGAACACAAACAAACGGAUUAGACCAACAUUUACGCUCUCACGGAUCUUGGUUCGUUGCCGUCACCAUCAAUUCAAUAUUGGGAAUAUCAGUUCGUUUUGUACCCUUCGUCGUGGCGCACGGGAAGCAGACGCUGAGCAGCGCACGGCUCUCGCAAUGAUUGUUGCACACUUUAGCACGUUAAGCGGACUCCGGAUCCGUUGCAGAUCCGUAUCUCAGUCAGUUUCAGCGAAAUGCGCUACAUAAAACCGGAGCCGUAUUACGAAGGGCUUCCACCGUUCAAUGUCACCGGCAGCCCGUUCAAUGUGGUGCCCAUCCACAACUACCCGGAGCUGAUGAAGGAUACCUGCGCCCUGAUCAACGCAGAAUGGCCGCGCUCGGAAACGGCGCGCAUGCGCUCACUGGAGGCCUCCUGCGACACACUGCCCUGCAGUUUGGUGCUGACCACGGAGGGCAUGUGCCGUGUGAUCGCCCACCUCAAGCUCAGUCCGAUCACAUCCAAGAAGAAGGCCUGCUUCGUGGAGUCGGUGGUGGUGGACAAGAGCUACCGGGGUCAGGGCUUCGGCAAGCUAAUCAUGAAGUUCGCCGAGGACUACUGUCGCGUGGUGCUCGACCUGAAGACCAUCUACCUGUCGACCAUCGACCAGGACGGUUUCUACGAGCGGAUCGGGUACGAGUACUGCGCACCCAUUACCAUGUACGGUCCGCGUCACUGCGAGCUGCCCAGCCUGCAAAAUGCCAAAAAGAAAUACAUGAAGAAGGUCUUAUAGACGUCAACGCCAGUAACUGUGGUGAGAUUAGCCCAAUUGGGUCAUGCCGAGCCCGAUCAGCGUGUGACGGUUAACUAGUCAAAUUGGCAAUCGCUUGAAUUCUUCACGGGCUUCACCUGCCAGCAGCUGCACCGGGGCCACCACCUGUGGACACCACGGCACCCUGCCAAUUAUCAGUUGUCAAUGGGGCGGAGUGCUUCCACGUCCACGGGGGUCUCGGGAUGCAGCCAGAGCUUUUGAUUCCAUUACACCGAUAAGCAAACACUGUGUUGAUUUUUGGAUAUUACUUUCCGCGUGUAUUUUUUAAUCUUUUUGGUUCAUUUUGUAUGAAAAAGGUGACCAUGACCCACCACCCGCCCCCUACGCCUGUUCGGUACAUGUUUAAGGUCUAUAUGUUAACUUAAAGCCAACUGUUAUGAUUUGUUAUAUAGUAUUUGCUCAAGCGUAUGCCUAGGCAUAGUUGCUCCUAGACGAAAAUCUACCUGCCUGCGAUGAUAAUAAGUGGGAAAGAAGCUCAAGUAUCUUCCAGCGAAACAUAGCAUAUACAUAGACAUAUCGAGCCUUAGCAUUAAGCACUCAACGAAGGCAAUAACUUCCAAUAAAUCGUGUAGAAAUCUUAAUUGAAA